AUGUCACAGGGCCCUAUAUUAUUUAAUUUCCGCGACUAUCGUGGAGCCACGAUCGAGGACUUGGAUAUCCGGCCUGCGUUGUCGAUCACUCCUCUCACCAAAGUGGAAGAAGCUCUUGAACUACUGUAUGAGAACGACUUCACUUAUCUACCAGUAGUACAUCAGGAUAACAAGCGCUUGCUCGGUGUUCUACAUGUGGAGGAGUUACGUAAGGGCACGGUCCAAGCUGUAUCUGGUGCGGCUGUUCACGAAUAUAUGAUCUGGUUCCACCAACGAUCAAGAGCUCGGUUUAACCAGGAAAUAAACGGUGAAAGGAUGGAAAAAAGUGGAGAUAACAAAAGUGAAAGCGACUUGACAGAUAGGAAAAGAUUUUCUACCAAGAUUGUUAGACCAACAGCAUCAUCUGGUAAGAAAUAUCAUGUUCUCACACCUUUAAGUCCUUUGGAAGAUCUUGCUUCGUUUUUCAAUGAUGGUAACUACUUUGCAAUUAUUACAAACAAGAGUGGGAACUUUGUUUAUGGAGUCGCUACACCCGAUGAUUUGUUACGUUACGAACAGUCAAGACCUCGGCUAUAA